AUGGGUAUCCCCAAGUUCUUCCGAUACGUCUCAGAGAUACCCAUUGACCUCGCAGUUGAUACAAGAGAACAACAUUCCAGAGUUUGGUGGGUGGCGUAUGACCUGGAAAGGGCGUAUCCAAUGACAUUACUCUCAGACAAUCUUUACCUGGAUUUCAACGGAAUCAUCCACAACUGCUCUCGCCCGAAUGAUGAGGACGCCCAUUUCCGACUUACAGAAGAGCAGAACAACACUUCGAUAUUCACAUAUGUGGAUCGACUCUUUGGCAAGAUCAAGCUGAAGAAACUUUUCUUCAUGGCGGUGGAUGGGGUGGCGCCGAGGGCGAAGAUGAAUCAGUAA